AUGCCAUACAGUCAACUGUAUCAGCAGAACUAUCUGCUGACCCGAGAUCGCGUCGAGAGUGAACGUCUGAACAAACAGCAUCACUUUCUGAUCAAGCUCCUGAACGGCAACUACAUCGACCCCUUCAUUCACAAGAAGCAGAUCAAAGCUAUCGCCGACGUGGGAACUGGGACUGGAAUCUGGCUGGAGGCAUUCGAGAAGUCUCUAGUCACUAGCAGCCUCCCCCGACCCCAUCUUCACGGUUUCGACAUUUCGGCAGCUCAGUUUCCUACUGACCACCCGAUUCGCGACCCUGAGCACCGGUCAAUUCCCCUGAGUGUGCAUGAUAUCCUGCACGAAUGGCCCGCACAGAACAAGAGAAGUUAUGACCUCGUGCACAUCCGUCUGUUGUCGACAGCGAUCAAGAAGGAGCAAUACAGAGUUGCCAUCAAGAACGCGCGCGAGCUUCUGAAGCCAAACGGAUACAUACAGUGGGAGGAACUUGAUCUCAAAGCCUUCUACACCGACCAAACACCCGCCCAAAUCCCCGCAGUCGUCAAGAUGUGCGAGGUUGUCAACCACGCUAUGAUUAUGAAGGGGCUGAGCCCCUUCGCACCCAACCGCGUCUUUGAGGAGCUCAGCGCUGGUGGAUUCCGAUCCGUCCAGCGUAAGACAUACACCACCAAGGGAAAGAAAUACCUACAUGCUGCUGCGGAGGAAUGGGUGAUUGGCGUUUUGCAAGCGAUGCUCGUCCCUUGUAUGCUGAUCACCGGAGAAGCCAAGAAUGAAUCGGAAGCACGGAGCAUGGUUGACGCUCUAAUUACAGAGUUUGAAAAGCAUUGUAAGGAUGCGAUCCCACUGAUUAACUUCACCGUCAUCCUCGCGCAGCUCUGA